GAACUACAAAAUAUCAGGUAUUGAAUUUUAUUUGCAUGGACUGACUACACACGAAAUUAGGUAAUAUUUUGUUUGUAAUUCACAGCAGUUAAAAUUAAAAUUAAGCUUUUGAUCUGGCAAUGAGUGAUUCCGUAUAUAAACAUAAAUACCAGAAAUAUAAAAUACGUGUAAAAACAUGGGAGCGAGAUUUCAAGAGUAAACAUUCACGAGUUCCGUCCAAAUAUGAUAUUCGUGAGGCGCCGCAAGAAAUACGGGAUGCUUACAAAAUGUAUUAUAAGUUGAAAACAUCAUUUUUGGAGGAUACAUUAAACGAGGUUUUUGACGAUGACGGAUUUAAUGUCUUAGAAAUAUCACCGCCUGACAAUGAUACAACUGCAAAAAACUAUAAUGAUGAAAGUUCGGGUAUUUCCAGCAGCAUCGCAGCGUUAGUGGGUGUUACAAAGUGCACAAACGUUCUUGGGCAAUUGAAUCAAUACGAACAGUCUGCACAACAACAAGAUCCUACAAUAAGUGUUCGAAAGGAUAUAAUGUGUGCAGAUAACGAAGAAAAGGGUAUCAAAGAGUUUGAAGAUACAGAAAUACGCGAGUUGAAUGAAAAAGCAUGGGGCCCCGAGGAAAGUAAAAAGCAGGUUGAAAAGAGUGGGAGAAAAAACUUAAAUGAUUCUGGUACAUUGAAAAAACCAUUCACAUCCAAUUUAUCUGCAAAGCUUUUCAAAUCCACAUCGUUUUGCAUACGCAAUCCAAGAAAAUCACUUUCGCGUGCUAACUCAGAAAUCAGUGCACAGCUAACGCGACAAGUAAGUGCACCACAUAUUAGUCAACGAUCUGAGGUAGUACUGCCUGAUUUAGAAACAAUAUUGGUGCAAAAGGCGAAAGAGCAGCAAGGAGCAGGAGGCGUUACUGUGAAUCUUUUGUUAACAGGUAAAGAAGUUCCCUCACAGAUACAAGUGGAUUCCGGCUGGCUUAAUCGUAAUACCAUUGAUGAGGGACUAGAAGGAGGUGUAGCAGCUGCAACUAAGUUCGUCCAAUCGGUUGGUUCCGCCCUUCCAAAAACACCGAUUGUAGAAAAACGAUAUGGUCUGAGUAAUAUUAAUGUGAAAACGUUAGAACAAUUUCCCAAUGCUAACGAGACAAAGAAUGAAAAUAAUUUAGAGGAAAAGGAAAUACACAUUAAAUCGGAAAGCCCUAAAGACGUAUCGGUUAAACUAAGUACACUCACCAAUGGGGACUCAGACUCAGUUGUUUCGGAUAGUGCUGGUGAAGAGGAGGAUCAGAUUUAUAAGCACGUAGCCAAAAGGCGCAGAGUGCUUAAGACCAUUGAAAAAAAUCACAGCAAUGGAAUGAGGAACUCACCUACUAAAGAUAUAGAAAGCGAAAUAAAGCAAGUAUCAGGAAAUUGUAAAAAUGUUUUUGAUUUCGAUGACAAUGAGGAAUCAAAAUAUCCUCCACCUAAAAAUGUUAAGGCAACUCGCAAAAACACUAAAACUGUUAAAAAACAAGUUAAAACUCAGCUCGUUGGUGGAGUAAAAGUUUCCAGAGAAGCAAAGUCAAAGCUAAAACAACAUGGCACAAAACAAACAGCGUCGCAAAGAGUGACUCGGGGUAGAGCUAAGAAUUCAAGAGCAGCGGACUCUAAAGAUACCUUGGAUAUUACAGCAACGAAUGUAGAAGAAUCAGAAGAGCAAGAAGAAAAGCCACCGGAAGCAGCCAUGUUGCGUUAUACCAUGCUGCUCGAGCGUGGAGAUCUCACCUGUACUCCCCGCGUGCCAAAUUGUGAGUUGGAGAGUGCGGAUGAUAUAGCACAGCGAUAUAUAAAUAGUGCACGAGUGACAACUGCAACAGCAGGAGAGGCAACUGCGAAGUGUAAACCCUCACACACGCCAAUUAUUAAUGAGAAACGUGCAGCAGCCCGAAAGAAGCUCGAAGAAAAAAUCGCAUCAGGAAAACUGAAUGAAAACUAUGUCUCAAUAAACCUGCAAAAAAAAAUAUUCGCUCGUGGAAAACGCCAUAUGAAUUACUCUAAGUUUAAGAAAAAGCAAUGGCGUCACAAAAAGAAAAUUGCUGCACUCAUUGGCCCCGAUAUGGAUAUGGGUGGCUGUGACGGAGGUGUCCUCACAUGCUUCACUUGCGGGCAAGUAGGCCAUUUUGCUGCUCAGUGUAAAUUGAAGGGUGAUUCUUUGCUACCUUUGUCAGCACAACUCGAGGAGGAUCCGUCGCCAUUUCCAACUCUCGAAGAGGCUGAACGAAUGGCAGCUCAGAGUGCCGCCGUGCUGCACAGCAGAAAUAUAUCGAAAUUACCAGAAGCCCCAAAUACAGCUUUAUAUCAGAGCACUGAUGAUGGUUUUGUGAGCCAGGAUCUACAAAAAUUGGAUGAUCACAACGAAGAAAUAGAUCAAGUAGCAAUGGUUGGUAAUAAAAGUGAGGACAACUUGAGUGAUAGUGCUAGUGAUAAUGACGAUAAUAUGUGCUUUGAAAGCGACGAGGAUCUGGAAAAUAUUGCCCUUGAUGUUAUUUCUGCACCAGUUACUCAAGAGUCACCUAUAAAAAAAUAUGUGGGUCAUAAAAUUCCAGAAGAUUUUCUUAAAAAAGCUGGUCUACAUGUGUCAUCUGCAGAAGCCAAAACACCCGACACGAAGUUUGGUGGCACUACACCUCUUUAUGAGCUGAAUGCCAAUGGAAAUGUACGUGAUGACAUUCCUGCUGAAGUGACAGAUGCAUUACGUAUGUUCGGGCAUACAAGUUUUCGAAAGGGCCAAGAGCGUGCAAUUAUGCGCAUUCUGUCUGGUCUUUCAACAUUAGUUACACUCAGCACCGGUAGCGGAAAAUCGUUAUGCUACCAAUUGCCUGCUUACUUGUACAGUCAUCGAAGACAAGCAAUAACAUUAGUUAUAUCUCCACUGGUAUCACUUAUGGAAGAUCAGGUGACAGGUGUGCCACACUUUUUGCGCGCACAUUGCCUGCACACAAAUCAAACACCCCAACAGCGACUUAAGGUAAUGGAAAUGAUUUCUGCUGGAGAGGUGGAUAUUUUAUUGGUGUCACCUGAAGCAGUAGUAGCGGGUGAACGUUCCACUGGUUUUGGUGCAAUACUGCGACAACUGCCUGCAAUUGCAUUUGCCUGUAUUGACGAGGCGCACUGUGUGUCCCAAUGGAGUCACAAUUUUCGCCCUAGCUACUUGAUGAUUUGCAAAGUUCUAAAGCAGAACUUAGGAAUUAAUACAGUUUUGGGUUUGACUGCCACAGCAACAUUACCGACGAGGUUAAGCAUUAUUAGUCAUUUAGGAAUUAAAGAUGGCGAACGGGGUAUAAUAAGUGACACUCCACUGCCAGAUAAUCUUCUGUUAUCCGUGUCGAAGGACGAGAAUAAGGACGCAGCGUUAUUAGCCUUGCUGACUAGUGAUCGAUUCAGUGAUUGCCAAUCAAUAAUUGUUUAUUGCACGCGUCGUGAUGAGUGCGAGCGAAUAGCGUCAUAUCUCCGUACCUGCAUGCAAAAUCAAUGUAACGAAAGGGAUGGGUCAGAGAGUGGUAAGCGAAAGCGUAAGCGCGUUAAUUGGGCUGCGGAGCCCUAUCAUGCUGGCAUGCCUGCCUCGCGUCGUCGCACAAUACAAAACGCUUUUAUGCGUAAUGAUCUCCGUAUCGUUGUGGCCACUAUCGCUUUCGGUAUGGGUAUCAAUAAACCAGAUUUGCGUGCAGUUAUUCAUUACAAUAUGCCCCGCAACUACGAAAGUUAUGUACAAGAAAUUGGUCGUGCUGGACGAGAUGGCAAACCGGCACACUGUCAUCUCUUUUUAGAUGCACGGGGAGGUGAUAAAUGUGAGCUGCGGCGGCACAUCUUUGCCAACUCAAUCGAUCGACAUGUAAUACGCAAACUGUUGCAACAUGUAUUUGUUCCGUGUGCCUGCUCAAAGAAGAGUACUUCGGAAGAGCAAUAUCAUAAAACUAAAGUUUCGAGCAGCGAGUUGGUGGUUAAGGCUUACUCGAAGGAGAACGAUCGCAUGUGUCCCGGCCACGAGAUUGCGUUUUCUGUCGAACGCACCGUUGAAGAAUUGGACAUACCACAAGAAAAUAUUUCUACAUUGCUAUGCUAUCUAGAAUUGGAUGCUCGUUGGAACAUUAAUGUGCUCAGUAAUGCUUAUACCAUGGCUAAGGUCAUAUCAUACGGGGGUGCAAAGUAUUUGAAACAUGCCGCCAAAAAUUGUCCACCAUUAGCUAUGGCUAUUGCGCUUGAAAUUAAACAGGAUAAAUUUGUUGAAGAUUCAAAUAUAAUCGAAUUUUCCGUGAUUGAUGUUGCUGCAGCAAUUGGUUGGAAUAGUGGCAUUGUGAAAUAUCAAUUGAAAAAUUUAGAAUGGACUGAAGUUGAUGGCAAUCCGCGCCGCUCACCCAUUAACGUAAACUUUCAUGACAUUGGUUUUCGUUUGAAAGCGCCAGGAGACUUUGUACCAGAGGAGAUAGAUGAUGCACUUGACACCCUUUAUAAUCGCACCGUCGAGCAAGAAAGAACGCAAUUGAUACAACUCCAGUAUGUCUUUCAAGGUCUAUCAUCGGUGGCCUAUAAUACCUAUGUGCCGUGCACAAAUGCGAACUAUGCCCCAGAUCGUUCGAAUCAGCUUAAAGGCAUUAUUCGAGAUUAUUUCCAAAACGAUUAUCCAAAAGAACUGAAAUUAGAAGCUGAUGCCUCCAAUAUAUCCGAUGCAGAUAUUGAACACGACGUUCUUUCGCUCAUUGGCAUGUAUCCCGAUAAUAACUUCUGUGGUCGUAAUGUUGCUCGCAUUUUUCAUGGCAUACCAAGCCCAAACUUUCCUGCUGUUAUUUGGGGCCGUUGCAAGUAUUGGAGAGCCCACUCAAAUGUUGAGUUCAAUAGGAUUCUAAAUGUGGCUAAUGCGCUUAUUGUACGGAGACGCAUGUAGCAAUUGUAGUAAUUUUGAAAUAAGACAUUUUGCAUGAUUUUAAACUAGCAAAUUCAAUGCCCGUCUCUGGGCUUAUCAACAUGUUUCUAGAAGUGGCAAUUCCAAGGAUAUACUCACAGUCAAAUCAAUUGAUUUGGCUUCUUGAUAUGGGUGGGUUUUUUCCAAAAGAAAAUUUUCGGGAAAAAUAAAUAGAAAUGAGUUAAUGACAAUAUUAUUUUAAAAUGCCUUUUUACAAUGUGACUUAAUCUUAAAUGUACACGUAUAAGCUCAAUUAUUAGUUCAAUAUGAAACUGAACUGUUUCCAGCACACAAUUUUAAACAUGAAAAUACAGAAUUUAAAAAUUUUUUCCCACAAAACUACUUAUCUCAUUUUUCACCUUUACUGACCACUAACUGAUGUAGGUACAAAAAUAUAUAUGUACAUAUAUGGGAAGGCAAUAAUAAAAAUUAUUUUACAUUAAA